AUGGUGUCUCAACACUCAGUCCCAGGAGAAGGAGCAGAUGACGGUGAUAGCGGGAACGAGAGCAGGAGCGGAAGCGAGGAAACCAACGUUUGUGAGAAAUGCUGCGCCGAGUUCUUCAAGUGGACAGACUUCCUGGAGCACAAGAAAAACUGCACUAAAAACCCCCUGGUGCUGAUCGUGAAUGAAGAUGAAGCAGCUCCACCUCCCGCUGAGGAGUUCCCCGAGCCCUCGCCCGCUAGCUCUCCUAGUGACCAGGCAGAGAGUGAAGCCACUGAAGAAGGCGUCCAGGCAGAAAACAAUGACAGCUCUGAGGUAAAAAACACAGAAAAGGAAGAAGAGCCAAUGGAGGUAGAAACAUCCACGGAGAAAAGUUUCCAGAAUCAAGGCACCUCAACCACAGCUACUCCUCUACCUCAGAUCCCUGAACCAUCUUCCAUGACAAGCUAUAACAUGCCAAACACCAAUGUCACGCUAGAGACUCUGCUGAGCACUAAAGUGGCGGUGGCGCAGUUCUCGCAGAGCGCGCGGACUGCCGCUUCCGCGAGCAUCAGCAGUGGGGUGACGGCCGUGGCCAUCCCCAUGAUCCUGGAGCAGCUCAUGGCCCUGCAGCAGCAGCAGAUUCACCAGCUCCAGCUAAUCGAGCAGAUCCGCAGUCAGGUGGCGAUGAUGAACCGCCAACCCCUACGGCCAUCCCUGAACCCGGUGGUGGCUGCCCAGGGUGGACCCGGGCAGGCAUCCAACCAACUGCAGGGCUUUGCCACCAGCGCUGCCGUCCAGCUCACCACAGUCAUUCCUCCCACACGUGCUGCCGGCGGUCAGCCCGCUGCCUUCGACGGUUCUCAGCACAUCUCAAGACCUACGUCUGGAGCAAGUACGCCCAAUAUAUCCAGCGGUGGUUCUUCUGCCCCACCCGAAUCGAGCGUACCCUCCUCCUCCAACGCAAUUACGUCCAUAACUCCCGUUUCCGUGUCAAACGCUCCUAACAGUGCUUCGCAGCCCCAGAACGCUUCAACUCCGCCUUCAAUAGGACAUGGAAGCCUCACCUCGGUGUCCAGCCUGCCAAACCCACUUCUACCUCAGACUUCAUCAAGUAGCGUGAUCUUCCCCAAUCCGCUGGUUAGCAUCGCUGCCACCGCUAACGCGCUCGAUCCUCUGUCCGCCCUUAUGAAGCACCGCAAAGGGAAGCCACCCAACGUGUCAGUGUUUGAACCCAAGUCAAGCUCCGAGGAUCCCUUUUUUAAACAUAAAUGCCGAUUUUGUGCCAAGGUCUUUGGAAGUGACAGUGCUUUACAAAUUCACCUCCGCUCGCACACAGGCGAAAGACCUUUUAAGUGUAACAUAUGCGGAAACCGCUUUUCCACAAAGGGCAACCUGAAAGUUCAUUUUCAGAGGCAUAAAGAGAAAUACCCUCAUAUUCAGAUGAACCCUUAUCCUGUUCCAGAAUACCUCGAUAACGUGCCCACCUGCUCUGGAAUCCCAUACGGGAUGUCCCUGCCCCCUGAAAAGCCGGUCACGACAUGGUUAGACACCAAACCUGUGUUACCGACUGUCCCGACUUCCAUCGGGCUCCAGCUGCCCCCCACUAUUCCCGGUGUGAACAGUUACGGAGAUUCUCCAAGUAUCACUCCCAUGAGCAGGUCACCCCAGAGGCCUUCUCCUGCCUCCAGCGAAUGCACUUCUCUGUCCCCGAGCCUCAACACUUCAGAGUCAGGCGUUCCAGUGUCUGCCGAAUCCCCACAGCCUGUUCAGAGUGGCUCGUCUCUGACCAAGGCAGAACCUGUCACCUUGCCUCCCACAAGCACGCGGCUCGGGGACCUUUCUGCAGGUGGGCAAGUUUCCACAGCUUCCACAUCUUCGAUUCCUACCACUGUUACAGACAGCAGCGUUGCAACAAGCCUCCCAAACCCUGUGCUUCCAGCAGUGUCUGACCAGUUUAAGGCAAAGUUUCCAUUCGGUGGUCUGCUAGACUCUAUGCAAACGUCAGAAACCUCAAAACUACAACAGCUAGUGGAGAACAUUGAUAAGAAGAUGACAGAUCCAAAUCAAUGCGUCAUUUGUCACCGUGUGCUUAGUUGUCAGAGCGCUCUCAAGAUGCAUUACAGAACGCAUACGGGAGAAAGACCAUUUAAAUGCAAAAUUUGUGGACGUGCCUUCACUACGAAAGGCAAUCUGAAAACACAUUUUGGAGUUCAUCGAGCGAAGCCACCGCUUAGAGUACAGCACUCGUGUCCCAUUUGUCAGAAGAAAUUUACAAACGCGGUUGUUCUUCAGCAGCACAUUCGUAUGCAUAUGGGUGGGCAAAUUCCAAACACGCCGCUACCAGAGGGCUUCCAGGACGCCAUGGACUCGGAGCUUUCCUACGAUGAGAAGAACGUUGACACGCUGAGCAACUUUGAUGAUGACAUUGAUGAAAAUUCUAUGGAAGAGGACCCGGAGCUAAAGGACACGGCAAGCGACUCAUCCAAACCCCUUAUCUCUUACUCUGGGUCGUGUCCUUCUUCACCACCUUCUGUGAUCUCCAGUAUUGCCGCUUUGGAGAAUCAAAUGAAAAUGAUUGAUUCUGUCAUGAACUGUCAGCAGCUGACCAGUUUAAAAUCCAUAGAAAAUGGAUCAGGGGAAAGUGACCAUCUGAGCAAUGACUCCUCGUCGGCCGUUGGCGAUCUCGAAAGCCAGAGUGCAGGCAGCCCUGCCAUGUCAGAGUCUUCUUCCUCCAUGCAAGCUUUGUCCCCUGUAAACAGCAAUAGCGAAAGUUUCAGAUCCAAGUCCCCAGGUCUCAGUAACCAGGAAGAACCACAAGAAAUACAAUUAAAGACAGAAAAACCAGACAGUCCGCCACCUGCAACUGAAAACGGAGGCGCAUUAGAUUUGACAUCCACCAACCCGGGGAGACCGGUCAUCAAAGAGGAAGCUCCUUUUAGCCUGCUGUUCCUGAACAGAGAACGUGGUCCCAGCCAAAGUACUCCUAGCCUGGUCACCAGUACAGCGCCUACCAUGAUCAAAAUGGAAGUGAAUGGUCACAGCAAGCCGAUCUCUUUGGGUGAGGUUCCCUCGCUUCCAGCUGGAAUCCAGGUUCCUGCUGCACCACAGACAGUGAUGAGUCCAGGGAUCACCCCUAUGCUGGCACCCCCCCCUCGCCGGACUCCCAAGCAGCACAACUGUCAGUCGUGUGGGAAGACCUUCUCCUCAGCAAGUGCACUGCAGAUACACGAGCGCACCCAUACCGGUGAAAAACCGUUUGGUUGCACAAUCUGUGGUAGAGCUUUUACCACAAAGGGGAAUCUUAAGGUUCACAUGGGAACUCACAUGUGGAAUAAUGCCCCUGCACGCCGCGGUCGCCGCCUCUCCGUGGAAAACCCAAUGGCUCUGCUGGGUGGUGAUGCCCUCAAGUUCUCCGAGAUGUUCCAGAAAGAUUUGGCAGCUCGGGCCAUGAACGUUGACCCUAAUUUUUGGAACCAAUACGCUGCAGCUAUCACUAAUGGACUUGCUAUGAAGAACAAUGAGAUUUCUGUCAUACAGAACGGAGGCAUUCCCCAGCUCCCAGUAAGUCUUGGCGGAGGUGCCAUCCCACCUCUAAGCAACCUUACCGGUGGCAUGGACAAAGCUCGCACAGGCAGCAGCCCACCCAUUGUCGGUCUGGACAAAGCAAGUUCUGAAACGGGAGCCAGUCGUCCAUUCACCAGAUUUAUUGAGGAUAAUAAAGAGAUUGGCAUAAAUUAA